GGACGGGAAAGUCACAUGUCUUUCCAGCAACUGUUGCUCGUUUCACGGAGCUAGGAUUCACACAUCUGCCUAUGAAACGCCCACCUGUGGAAACACCCACUUUAGGACACGCCCACCCCGCCGCUGUGCGGACAGCUGGAGCUGAACAGUACCGCUCAGACAGCUGAGGAGCGCACUGAGGAACCAUGGAGGAACCCAACCAGAACCGCCACGACCAGCUGGUUCUGUUCAUCAAUGGCAGAAAGGUCAUUGAGAGAAAUGCAGAUCCUGAAACAAUGCUGCUGACCUUCAUCCGGAGAAAAUUGGGUCUGACUGGGACGAAGCUGGGAUGUUCUGAAGGUGGCUGUGGAGCCUGCACUGUGAUGAUGUCCAAGUUCGACCCGCAUUCCAACCGGAUCAUUCACCAAGCUAUUAAUGCCUGUCUGGCCCCUCUGUGCUCUCUACAUCACUGUGCCAUCACCACGGUGGAGGGCAUCGGAUCUGUGGGCAGCAAACUCCAUCCUGUGCAGGAACGGAUCGCUAAGGCUCACGGGUCUCAGUGUGGAUUCUGCACUCCAGGACUCGUCAUGUCGAUGUAUACACUCCUGAGGAAACGCCCACAGCCAAGCAUGCAGGACAUCGAGGACGCUUUCCAAGGUAAUCUGUGUCGCUGCACUGGCUAUAGACCCAUUAUGGAGGGCUUCAGGACUUUCACAAAGGAGGGAGGGUGCUGUCAGGGCCGAGGCCAAUCAAAUGGCUGCUGUAUGAACAACGGAGUGGCGGCACAGGAAGAUUCAGCUGAUUCAGUUCAGCCGCUGUUCGACCCAGAAGAAUUUCUGCCUCUGGACCCGACCCAGGACAUUAUAUUCCCUCCAGAACUGAUGACUCUGAGUAAGGAGCCGGUGGUCUCGCUGAGGUUCAGAGGGGAGCGAGUUCUAUGGGUUCAGCCCAGUUCUCUGACUGAGCUGUUGGAGCUGAAGGCGGCGUAUCCGGAAGCUCGACUGGUUGUCGGGAACACCGAAGUAGGAAUAGAGAUGAAAUUUAAGAAUCAGCUGUACCCUGUGAUCCUAUCACCAACCAAUGUCCAGGAACUCCGCAAUAUCCAGUUCACUGAAAACGGGAUGGAGUGUGGAGCAGCGGUGACCCUGACAGAGUUGGGGGAGGUGCUGCGUGAAGAGGUGGAAAAGCUCCCAAACUACAGAACUGAAAUCUUCCAGGCUGUAUUAGAGCAGCUGCGCUGGUUUGCGGGACGACAGAUCCGAAAUGUUGCAGCUGUAGGUGGUAAUAUAAUGACGGCGAGUCCGAUCUCAGACCUGAACCCGGUGUUUAUGGCUGCAGGCUGUAAGCUCACUUUGGUGUCUAAAGAGGGUAAAAGAGUGGUAAAGAUGGAUGAGAAGUUCUUCACUGGAUACCGGAAAACCAUCCUAAGAUCUGAGGAGAUCCUGCUGUCCAUUGAGAUUCCAUACACAAAAAAGGGUCAGUAUUUCUCAGCGUUUAAGCAGUCGCCCCGCAGGGAGGACGAUAUCGCCACGGUUACCUGUGGGAUGAACGUAGUGUUCGGAGAGGGGUCCAACACUGUACAGGACAUCAAGCUGAGCUAUGGAGGGAUGGCUCCUGUUACUCUUCUGGCCACAGAUACAUGCAGGCAGCUUAUCGGCAGGCAAUGGGGUGAGGAUUUGAUGGAAGACGCCUGCUCUCUGUUAGCUGAGGAGAUGUCGCUGUCGCCCUCUGCGCCCGGUGGGAUGGUGGCAUACAGACGAACCCUGACCAUCAGCCUGUUCUUCAAGUUCUUCCUCACCGUCCAGCGCAAACUGGCCCAGGAGAAUCUCUCUGAAGGUGUCAGAUCUGAUUAUGAAAGUGCGACUGAGCUCUUCCACCAGGACCCUCCAACUGGUGCUCAGAUCUACCAGGCAGUACCUCCAGGUCAGAGUGCAGAUGAUGUAGUGGGACGUCCCAUGAUGCACCUGUCAGCGUUAAAGCAGGCCACAGGAGAGGCUGUGUACUGUGAUGAUAUUCCUCACUAUGAGAACGAGCUCUACCUGGCUCUGGUCACCAGCACUAAAGCUCACGCCCACAUCAUAUCUAUAGAAACUGCUGAAGCCAUGGCUGUGCCCGGUGUUGUAGCCUUUAUCUCUGCAAAGGACAUACCUGGAAGCAAUAAGACAGGACCUGUAGUCUCUGACGAGACUGUUUUUGCUGAUAAUAAGGUCACAUGUGUGGGUCAUAUCAUUGGAGCAGUUGUAGCAGACACAAAGGCCCAUGCCCAGAGAGCAGCUAAAGCUGUUAAGAUCAGCUAUGAGGAGCUUCAGCCCGUGAUCGUUUCCAUUCAGGAUGCCAUAACUCAUCAGUCCUUCUACCAGCCAGUCAGAGUGAUUGAAAAUGGAGAUUUGAUUAAAGGCUUUCAGGCAUCUGAUCACAUUAUCGAAGGUGAGAUCCACAUUGGAGGGCAAGAACACUUUUACCUAGAGACGAACUGUGCCCUGGCUGUCCCGCGGGGAGAAGAUGGGGAGAUGGAACUGUUAGUGUCCACUCAGGCAGCGACCAAAACACAGACUGCUGCAGCUAAAGCACUGGGAGUGCCAGCCAGUCAUGUGGUGUGCCGGGUGAAGAGGAUGGGCGGCGGGUUUGGUGGAAAGGAGAGCCGGAGCACCAUCCUGUCCACAGCUGUAGCCGUGGCGGCGAAUAAAGUGAAGAGACCAGUCCGCUGUAUGCUGGACCGUGAUGAAGACAUGCUGGUCUCAGGAGGCCGACAUCCAUUCUUUGGACGCUAUAAGGUUGGAUUCCAGAAAAGUGGGAAAGUUGUAGCUCUUGAUGUGACGUAUUACUGCAAUGCUGGAAAUUCACUGGAUCUUUCUUUAUCGAUAUUGGAGCGUGCGCUCUUUCACAUGGAUAACUGCUACAGUAUCCCUCACAUUCGCGGGACAGGUUACAUGUGUAAGACCAACCUGCCCUCCAACACGGCGUUCCGGGGCUUUGGCGGGCCGCAGGGGAUGAUGGUGGCGGAGAGCUGGAUCAGUGAAGUGGCUCAGAGCUGUGGUCUCCCUGCUGAACAGGUUCGGAAGAUGAAUCUGUACCAGCAGGGAGGAAUCACACCCUUUAAUCAGAGUCUGGAGCAGUUCACAAUCGAUCGCUGCUGGGACGAGUGCAUAACCAUUUCCGACUUCUCCCAGCGCAGGGCCCGAGUGGAGCUGUACAACAAACAGCAUCGCUGGACCAAAAGAGGCCUGUCCAUCAUUCCCACCAAAUUUGGCAUCAGCUUUACUGCAACCUUCCUCAACCAGGCAGGAGCACUGGUUCAUAUCUAUACUGACGGUUCAGUUCUGAUCACUCAUGGAGGAACAGAGAUGGGUCAAGGUCUGCACACUAAAAUGAUACAGAUUGCAAGCAGAACUUUGGAAAUCCCCACCUCAAAGAUCCACAUCAGUGAGACCAGCACCAACACGGUUCCCAACACGAGCCCCACCGCCGCAUCCGCUUCCUCAGACCUGAAUGGCAUGGCCAUCUACAAUGCUUGUCAGACCCUGCUGCAGAGACUGAAGCCAUACAAAACCAGUAAACCAAAGGGGAACUGGGAGGACUGGGUCACAGCAGCUUAUUUUGACAGGGUGAACUUAUCAGCCAAUGGGUUUUACAGAACUCCAGAUCUCGGCUAUAGCUUUGAAACCAACUCCGGACGUCCAUUUAACUACUUUACCUACGGGGUCGCCGCCUCCGAGGUGGAGAUAGACUGUCUGACUGGGAGCCACAAGAACCUGCACACAUCAAUAGUUAUGGAUGUAGGCAAAAGUUUAAACCCAGCGCUGGACAUCGGCCAGGUGGAGGGGGCGUUCAUGCAGGGCGUGGGUCUGUUCACUCUGGAGGAAUUGCGCUACUCACCCCAGGGUUACCUGUACACCCGCGGACCCGGCAUGUACAAGAUUCCUGCUUUUGGAGACAUUCCAACCCAGCUGAAGGUCUCGCUCCUCAGAGACGCUCCCAAUGAGAGGGCCAUCUUCUCCUCCAAGGCUGUUGGAGAGCCUCCUCUCUUCCUGGCAGCUUCAAUCUUCUACGCCAUUAAAGAUGCCAUUUCCGCUGCCAGAGCAGAGUCUGGCCUAUCCGGUCCGUUCAGAUUGGACAGUCCUGCUACACCCGAGAGGAUCCGCAACGCAUGCCAGGACAAAUUCACCAAACUCUGUCCUCCUCCUGAAGCAGGGACUUAUACACCGUGGGACAUGCGGGUAUAACACAGUGGUGUGUGGGUAUAACACAGGGUUGUGCGUGUAUAACACAGCACAUGGAUGUGCCGGUAUAACACAGAUUCUUGCAGCUUUAACAUAACACAGGGCUUUGCAGCUUUAACAUAACACUGGAAUGUGCAGAUAUAACACAACAAAGGGAUUUGCAGAUAUAACACAACACAGGGAUUUGCAGAUAUAACACAACACAGGGAUGUUUGGGUAUAACUCAACACAGGGGUUUGCAGAUAUAACACAACACAGUAACGUAUAACUCAACACAGGGGUUUGCAGAUAUAACACAACACAGUAACGUGCAGGUAUAACACAACACAGGGAUGUACGGGUAUAACUCAACACAGGGGUUUGCAGAUAUAACACAACACAGUAACGUGCAGGUAUAACACAACACAGGGAUGUACGGGUAUAACACAACACAGGGAUGUACGGGUAUAACUCAACACAGGGAUGUGCAGGUAUAACACAACACAGGGAAAUGCAGGUAUAACACAACACAGGAAAAUGCAGGUAUAACACAACACAGGAAAAUGCAGGUAUAACACAACACAGGGAUGUACGGGUAAAACACAACACAGGGAAAUGCAGGUAAAACACAACACAGGGACGUGCAGGUAUAACACAACACAGGGAAAUGCAGGUAUAAUGCAACACAGGGAUGUGCAGGUAUAACAUAAGGUCUUGAAAGUGUAACACAGGGUCUUGUGCGGGAAAAACAAAGAGUCGUUCUGAUAUAACACAGGGUCUUGUGCGGGAAUAACAAAGGGUCGUUCGGAUAUAACACAGGGUUGUGUGGGUAUAACACAACACAGGGAAUAACAAACACCACUGCUGAAACCCUUAACCCCCACUGCUCCCCGGAUUCUACAGUGACGCUGCCCACUGCUCCGGACUCGCUAUUACUGUUUCACUGUUCACUGCAUGGAUGGGUUAAAGGAUGGGUUAAAUGAUGAUGUUAAAGGAUGGGUUGAAGGAUGGUUUAAAGGAUGGGUUGUGUUCAGCACAUAAUAUAGAAUCUUCUUUGAUUUAUGUAGAAUGAAUGCAAAAUGGUAAUUGUAUUCAGAUAUUGUGUUUUAUAGAUUGUUGACUGUAAUUAUGCUGCCUUCCAUUUACACUCAGAUGUGGAGAUGAUUACAGGCUGUUUAGAUGCACAAAAUACGCAAUAAUACGUAUCAUCCGGAUUUGCUAUUCAUGAUAACCAGGACAAUGCUAAAAGUAAUAGAUAAUAUCUGAAUGUUGGUAACAAUUUACUUAGAUGGUCCACUGUUGAAGCCUCAUAGAUUUUAAACCAACCUACAGCUAAAUGUCAAUUAAACGCAACUGGAUUCUCUAUUGAAUGUAACUUUAUACCUAACGUUAAGGUUUAGCGUAGCAAAAAGCAGAACACCAAUAUUGUACAGCUUUUACAGGAAGCUUGUUGUUAUUUCAAAUGAACAUUUGAUACAAUUUUUGCACACAAACUCAAACUAAAACAUUUACAGUGCAAAAUGUGGGUCAUUAAAUUAGUUCUUAUUCUUCUUAAAUUUACACAUUAGCAUUCCUGCAGUCCCACCUCAAUUUAGUCUACUGUUAAAUCUGUAAACGUAUGUUUGAAAUAAAUGAAAAUAAAUCCAAAAUGUUAUUUACUAUUCACAGCUUCCACAUCCGAGGAAAAGGGAACGCAGCACAACUCACUGUACUGAUGGUUUUAAUGGUUUAAUACUAAUCAUAAGAUGAUGUUAUUCAAAUAUUUUAUUUUUGUAACUCUAAAAUUCUAAUUAAAAACCCAUAAAUGUGAUUUGUUAGAUUAAUACAAUGUAAAAACAUGAAUUAAAAAGAUUUACUUAUUAACAUUA